UUAGUAGUUACCGAAAGGAACUACUCAACUAACCAUUCGCUGCAAUCUCACUCGUUACGAAAAGUCGCAGUCUUUAACGGUCAAGGAUCCGCACAGUGUCAUUUCAAGCCUUGCCCUCCUCUCUCCAGACUCGAAAUUUGAUUCAGUGUUUGUUUUCAGCGAUAAAAUCAAUCCUUGUAUCCUUUGAAGAGCAAUGCCAUUGUUUCAAUUCCUACUUGUAGUAGUUUUGGUAUUGAAUUCCCUGGAAAAUGGGAGUGCGGGAAUCACCAGUACUUAUAUCCGUACCGAAUGGCCAUCUACUGAUAUUCCUCUUGACAAUCAAGUAUUUGAAAUUCCCAAAGGCCAUAAUGCCCCUCAGCAGGUGCAUAUCACUCAAGGGGACUAUGAUGGUAAGGCUGUGAUUAUCUCUUGGGUUACAGCUGAUGAACCGUGUUGUAGUAAUGUGAAAUAUGGUUUACUGGACAACAAAUAUGAGUUCAGUGCUCAGGGCAUUGUAACCAACUACACCUUUUCCGGCUAUAAGUCUGGCUAUAUUCAUCACUGUCUUGUUGAUGGCCUUGAGUAUGACACAAAGUAUUAUUACAAGAUUGGAGAGGGUGAUUCUUCUCGUGAAUUUUGGUUUCAAACACCUCCGAAGAUAGAUCCGGAUGCUCCCUACACUUUUGGUAUUAUUGGUGAUUUGGGUCAAACAUAUAAUUCUCUUUCCACUCUGGAGCAUUACAUGCAGAGUGGAGGACAGACUGUCUUAUUUGUUGGGGAUCUCUCAUAUGCUGAUAGAUAUCAACAUAAUGAUGUUGGUAUUAGGUGGGAUUCAUGGGGCCGAUUUGUUGAGCCUAGUGCUGCAUAUCAACCAUGGAUUUGGUCUGCUGGGAAUCAUGAGAUAGAGUACAUGCCAGAGAUGGGGGAGGUCCUUCCAUUUAAAUCAUAUCUUCAUAGAUUUCCUACUCCUCAUACUGCCUCAAGAAGCACCAAUCCUCUUUGGUAUGCUGUACGGCGAGCAUCUGCUCACAUCAUUGUCCUCUCCAGCUAUUCUUCUUAUGCAAAAUAUACUCCCCAGUGGAGAUGGCUUAGAGAAGAGUUGACAAGGGUAGACAGGGACAAGACACCUUGGCUUAUUGUUCUCAUGCACGCACCAAUCUACAAUAGUAAUUUAGCCCACUACAUGGAAGGUGAAAGUAUGCGUACUGUGUUUGAGAGCUGGUUUGUCCGCUUCAAAGUUGACCUCAUUUUUGCUGGCCAUGUCCAUGCCUAUGAAAGAUCAUAUCGCAUCUCAAACAUAUACUAUAAUGUGUCAAGCGGUGACCAAUAUCCUGUACCUGACAAAUCAGCACCAGUGUAUAUAACUGUUGGAGAUGGUGGAAAUCAGGAAGGUCUUGCUGGAAGGUUUUGGGAUCCACAACCAGAGUAUUCUGCCUUCCGUGAGGCCAGUUAUGGUCAUUCUACCUUGGAGAUCAAGAAUAGAACGCAUGCAUUCUACCACUGGAACCGAAAUGAUGAUGGCAAAAAUGUACCAACUGAUUCAGUAAUAUUCAACAACCAAUACUGGGGAAGCAAUCCGCACAGAAGGAGACAUCUUAAGGCUGGUGGACAUGCUGGUUCCUGAAAAUAAUUGAACCGAAAGCUGAUUGAUGCUUUGCACAUACUGGGAAUACUGAAUAUUUUGCAAUCUUGAUAUUCACCAAUUCAUUUAAGAGAGAUUGGAAGGUGCAGCCGACUUGUACAGUUCAUUUGCAGAAAACAUUUUAGCUAUCUGCGAGCUGCAGGAAACACCUAUCAUGGUUUUCCAAUCUACAGCCUCUUCGCAUAGCAUAGAAAAGAACGUUGAAACCUUGCAUAACUUGUCAGUAUUAUAUUGUUGGUUUUAUAAUUUGCACGCUAUUGUACUUGAUAGUAAUAAUACAUCAUAUUUCUAUUUUAAGCAA